AGAGAAAUAAAUAAAACUCAAAAGGUUCAGAAAAAAAUGGCAAACGGCUUAAAUUAGAGAGCAUAUAUUAAGGGUUUUAGGGUUUUAUUAAAAUUGAAGAUUGAAGAAGAUGAAGUCGGUGGUGGGGAUGGUAGUGUCGAACAAGAUGCAGAAGUCGGUGGUAGUGGCCGUUGAUAGGCUCUUCCACAACAAGCUUUAUAAUCGUUACGUCAAGCGCACCUCAAAAUUCAUGGCUCACGACGAGCAAAAUCAAUGUAACAUCGGCGAUCGAGUUAGAUUGGAUCCUUCUAGACCAUUGAGCAAACGAAAGCAUUGGGUCGUUGCUGAAAUACUGAAAAAAGCACGAAUUUAUGUGCCGCCUUCUGCUGAUAAUGCUGCCAGUUCAAAUUCCACCAUUGAAGUAACAGAUUCUUCAACCUCUUAAGGUAAAAUUUUUGCUUGAGGUAUCUGAUAGACCUGAGUUGUGCAUUAGGAUAGCUGAUGGAAUUGUGUUGAAUUUUGUUUGCAUCCCGACGGAUGAACCCUUGAGGGAUUUCAGUAUUCCAUAAGAUUUUUGAAUGUAUACUACAUCUUGUUUAACUGAAAUUCCAUCUUGGUAGUGUCAUUUGAAUGUUUAUUAUAAGACUUUCUGGUUCAUAUAAAGUAGAAGCAGCCAUUUAUCCUUU